GACAUUCAUCAACAUCACCCUCAUCUUCACUAUCCUGAAGCUUUAUCAAUCGCCAUUUUUGAGCCACAUCAUUUCGCUCUUUGCUGCCUGUCAAUAUUUCUGCAUCAUGUCUUUUCUCUUUCAGCGCGCAUAGUCCUUCUUUAUAUCAAUCCACCCACUCACCCUCGUUCGAACGGUCGCGGCUGCGGAGGCCAGCAACAAACCUCGAUCGGAUCUUUCAUGCACGCAGUUGUGACAAGCAACGCCAGACUCAGUUCUCUCACUUGACGCUCAUCUGAACUUCACUUCGCUGCACUUUGACGUUGCCCUCGUCGACCACGCAUUCUCCGCCACUACACAACACAACACUACCAAUACACAAACAUCAUGGCCGACGACACCGUGACACCUGCAACACUUGCACCCGUUGAUCGUCCUCAUACACCGUCUCUUCCAACUCCAGUUGGCUCAAAAACACCUCCAACGAUUGCCAGCAAACGUUUCUCAUUACAAGACAGCAAUAUGUCUGCAGUCCGACGAGCAACUGAGGCGAUGGAAGCAGAUGCGUUGAACCGGAGACUAAAGGACGUGGAGAGUUCAGGAAGACCAAGAGACAGAACGCCUGGGAGAAGCCCUAGCCGCAAGAGACAGCGAGUGUAUGGUGAUCGGUUCAUACCAAAUAGAGACGGACAAGACCUACAGGCCAGCUAUAGUCUCCUCCACGACGAAGGUUCUCCUGCUACACCCUCCCGAUCAAAAAAGAAGACCCCUCACGGCGAACUUCAUUUCCAGCGGACAGAAGAAGCAAACAGAACAUAUUCAACGGUCCUCCGAAACGAACUGAUGGGCGAUUCAGUACCUCAAGACUUCAGAUCAAUAUCUCCAGAUGACCUCUUCGGACGAAGACAAACUCCUCCCGGUCAGCCCUCGAUGUCCGCCAUGCCUCCUGCCUCCAUUACCCCCACAACUCCUCAUAAGAAUAUGUUCUCGUACAAAUCUCCUCAGAAAGUGAUAGGAUCCGGUCAUCCGACACCUUCAUCAAGAACAGGGAAACACCCGGGACUGAUAAACCUCAACGCAAGAUCAGAUCUCUAUUCCAUAUCGCCCAUCAACUACUCCUCACAAUCCAUUCUUCAAACUCCCCGAAAACAACCCCGACCCAUUGCGAAAGUACCUUAUAAAGUGUUGGACGCUCCAGAGCUGGCAGAUGACUUCUAUCUCAAUCUGGUCGAUUGGGGUUCUGCAAAUAUUCUCGGAGUAGGGUUGGGAUCAUGUGUCUACAUGUGGAACAGCACGACAGGCAAAGUCACACAACUAUGCAAGCUGCCAGACAAUGAUGUGGUGACAUCUGUGGCAUGGAUACAACGAGGGUCGCAUCUUGCUAUUGGAACUCACAAAGGAUUCGUUCAGAUCUAUGAUGCUGAAAAAUCUCGAAGACUACGGACGAUGACGGGCCACUCGGCUCGAGUAGGAGCUUUAGCUUGGAACGAUCACAUUUUGACAUCUGGUUCGAGAGAUCGGCUGAUAUACCACCGCGACGUGAGAAGCCCGGAUCAGUAUUUGAGACGUUUGGCUGGUCACAAGCAAGAAGUGUGCGGUCUGCGUUGGAACACAGAAGAUGGCCAACUCGCUUCAGGAGGAAAUGACAACAAAUUGUGUGUCUGGGACAAGCUCUCCGAAACUCCACUGUACAGAUUUUCGAACCACGUCGCGGCUGUCAAGGCCAUCGCUUGGAGCCCUCAUCAACAUCACCUUUUGGCAUCAGGUGGUGGAACAGCGGAUCGAUCGAUCAAGUUUUGGAACACCUCCAAUGGGUCUCUUAUCAAGGAGGUGGACACUGGAAGUCAGGUCUGCAAUUUGGCCUGGAGCAAAAAUAGCGACGAGAUUGUGAGCACGCAUGGAUACAGCCAAAACCAAAUUGUGGUCUGGAAAUACCCGAAAAUGGAGCAGGUGGUCAGUCUGACUGGACAUACAUUCCGUGUCCUUUAUCUCAGCACAAGUCCCGAUGGUACGACCGUGGUAACAGGUGCCGGAGACGAAACAUUACGGUUCUGGCGGGUAUUUGGCAAGAAAGGCAACGAGGGUCGCAAUAGUGAUGGGAUCUCCGGUAAACUUGGUGACUGGGGCGCGAUCCGUUGACGACAUUUUUUGUGGUUUUUGCCUUUCAAGAUGAAAGCAACGACAAAAGCCCAUACUCACCACUUUUGACACCAUAUCACUCGACCUUCGGACGAUAUUGCCACCAUGAAAAAAAUACAGCAACAAACAAGAAACCAGUCAUCUUUAUACACAUCUCACAAAAGAGCGUUGAAUGCUAGAUGAUGAUGAUGUUACCUUUUUGCCUGAGAUGAAUGCACGAUCUUGCGAAUCCGGAAUUAAGGGGGGACAAUACCUCAACAUACCCUCAUGACCAGAACUCACCAGCGAUAACGAUUGAUUUUUUAUGACGGAAUGGGGAAGAUGAAGCGAACUUUUUAUUGGGAGGGGAGUAUGGAUACCUAGCAUACUAUGGAUUGCAUUUCAUUCAGGGGCUUGGCGAAGCCGUCGGGGACUCUGUGGUUAUCUUGAUAUUGUUCAUUCGUCCUCCUUAUCCCUACGUGUAUAUUCACAUGGUUACUCGUACAGUUGGGGGUUGAGCAAGAUGCGAUUUGCAUGAUGGGGGGUGCACAGCUUGGUGGGUGCCGUCGAAAAGCGUUGGCGUAGACGGAGUAUGAGUUGCUCGGUUCCUAGUCAGGGGUGCCGAGUCCUCGUGUCACGGAGAGGUAUCAAUUACUGGUACCCUGUACCUUCAGAGUUUCCCAUACAGACAGACCCCAGAGUAUUAGCGCUCGCAAUGAAUGAAAACGGAAAACAUGAAAGAAGGAACG